GCUAAAUAAACACCCCUUGCACUGUUGCACAUCAAACCUAUCCCGCCGUCUGCAUUCCCACGCCUCAAGUCCUCCUGCACCCCACUGACGUGCGCCCUUGGCCCUUGCCCGUCUGCCCAUCACGCCGUGGUCGGCGUGGUCCCUUGCCCGUCUGGCCGUCUACCCAGCACCAGCACGUCUCUCGCGUCUCUCGUCUGCCUAGUCUCUCGUGGUUUUAAACCCCCACGAUUUAAAAAUCUGAUUUUGAUUUAAACCCCUUCUUCUUCUUCCUCCCAUCCUUGCCGUCGGACCUCCGAGAGUCCCAGCCUGCUUCACCGGAGAGUCGGAAAUCCCAUUCCCUUCGUUCCUGCUGCUUUGUUCUCGGGUGUCUUUUGUCGAAGUCUCGAAGGCCAACGAAUCGUCAAAUUCUCGAAGGCGAACCAGCUUUUCCUGCUUCGUUUGACUUUGAGCCCAGCCGCAACGAUUGGUGCUCCUGCAGAGACUAUUUUUGCCAUGGAGCAGGAGAAUUCUGAUGAGAAGGACAUGACAGUGAAGAAGUAUCUCAGAGGUGAAGGUGCUAAUUUGGAGGUUUUAAAAGAUAAAAAACUGAGGGGGCAACUUGCUAUUAGAGAAGAACUAUAUGGAAGAUCUGCAAAAGCAGCUGCCAAGACUGAGAAGUGGCUUAUGCCAAGUGAGGUCGGCUAUUUGGAGGCUGAGGGCAUAGAGAAGACAUGGAGGAUCAAACAAGAGUCAAUAGCUCGCGAAGUUGAUAUCGCAAGCUCAAGAAAUCAAUAUGACAUUGUCUUGCCAGAGCUUGGUCCAUACAAUCUGGAUUUCACCUCUAGUGGCCGGUAUAUGGCAGCUGCGGGACGCAAGGGCCACCUAGCUAUCAUAGACAUGAAAACUAUGGGGCUAGUUAAAGAAAUUCAGGUUAAGGAAACAGUGCGUGAUGUGGUGUUCUUGCACAAUGAGCUAUUCUUUGCUGCAGCCCAGAAAAAGUACCCAUAUAUUUAUAAUCGGGAUGGCACAGAACUUCACUGCUUAAAGGAACAUGGUACAGUAUUAAAGCUGGAAUUUCUGAAAAACCACUUCCUAUUGGCAUCCAUAAACAAAUUUGGGCAGCUUCAUUAUCAGGAUGUUACUAUGGGUGGGAUGAUCGCUAAUUAUCGAACUGGUCUAGGUCAUUGUGAUGUAAUGCGAGUGAAUCCUUUCAAUGGAGUAGUUGGUUUGGGUCACACUGGUGGCACAUUGACCAUGUGGAAGCCCACCAGUGCUGCUCCCCUUGUAAAGAUUCUGUGUCAUCAUGGGCCUGUCUCAGCCUUGGCAUUCCACCCCAAUGGCCAUCUAAUGGCUACAUCUGGCAUGGAGAGGAAAAUUAAGAUUUGGGACUUGAGGAAAUUUGAUGUUCUUCAAACAUUACCGGGCCAUGCCAAGACCUUGGAUUUUAGCCAGAAAGGUUUGCUUGCCACUGGUACUGGAUCAUUUGUGCAAAUUUUAGCAGAUUUCUCGGGGACUCAGAAUUAUAGCAGAUACAUGAGUCAUUCUAUGGCGAAAGGUUAUCAAAUAGGAAAACUAUUGUUCCGACCGUAUGAAGAUGUCUUAGGUAUUGGGCAUUCUAUGGGUUUUUCUUCUAUUCUUAUCCCUGGAUCUGGAGAGCCAAACUUUGACUCUUGGGUGGCAAACCCAUUUGAAACACCUAAACAGCGGAGGGAGAAAGAGGUGCAUUCUCUUCUUGACAAACUUCCACCAGAGACAAUUAUGUUAGACCCCUCAAAGAUUGGUACAGUAAAGCCAACAAGGAAAAAAGAAAAGCCCACAAAGCAGGAAAGGGAGGCUGAUAUGGAAGCUGCAGUUGCAACUGUGAAGGGCAUCAACCAAAAGAAAAAAACAAAGGGGAGGAACAAGCCAAGUAAAAGAACAAAGAAGAAACAGGAGAUUGUUGCAAACGCCAAGAGGCCUUUCUUAGAUCAACAAAGGAAGGAAGAAGAGUUGUCCAAAAAGAAGCAAAGAGUAAGUGAAGAAAAACAAUUACCCAAAUCUCUAGAGAGAUUUGCUCACAAAACAUCAGCGGCAUGAUUUAGAGUUUUGUAACCUGUGUUGCCUUUCCAAAGCCUAAUACAAGUCUGGCCGACGUCCUUCUCCAGUGUCUAGGUUGCCACACAUUUCUGUGCCAUCUCAUUCAACACAUUUUUAUAGCAAGCUGGUACCAGCCAUUGGAAGGAAAUUUUGAGUAAUUGCUUGCAGUUAUUUAUUUUUCUUUUUCUCUUGUUUUUACUUUUGUCCGUGAGAGAAGCAGAUAGACCUUCCCCAACCGCCCCGCCCCCCGCGCCGCCGGGGGGGGGGGGGGGGUGGGUUUGUUUCUUUUUGGGUGGGUAUGUAUUUGGUUAGACUGUCACCCCAGCAUUUGUUUUGGUUUUACAUUCUAGAAGUGUUACCCAAGCACAACCAUUUUUGUCAAAUCUGAGUAUUGAGAAAGUGAAUUGAUUUGUCUCUUGUUCAAUAACGUUAUUUUGGGCUGAUAAUGUAGGCCUUAUGUCAUCGAAGAAAUCAUAUAUUUCAGGUAGUUUAUUUGGCUGGUUU